AUGGCGGUGUACUACCGGUACAAAAGCGGCGUUGACACCUUCUCCGUGCCCGUGCCGGCGCCCUCUAUCCCCGUCGCCGACCUGAAGCGGCUAAUCCUGGGGACCGCCCGCCACGGCCACGGCCGGACGCGCGGACGCGGGCAGACGGAGAGCGUCGCGCUCUACGACUCUACGACCGGCGAGGAGUAUACGGACGACCGUGAUCUUGUCCCGCGCAGCUCGAUGGUGCUGGUGCGCCGGGUCGCUGGGCCUCCCGCCGAGGCCAUCACGUUCGCCUCCCAACCGCCGCCCAAAGCACCGACGCGUGAUGGCGCAUCGUCGGAUUUUUCGGCCGUAACAUCGAGUUCACCCGCCGAGGGUGACGAGGACAGGGCCAUCAGCAAGGUGAUCGACGCAGCGCAGCUCGAGUCGGAAGACCAACACCGAGGGCGUCACUGUAGUAACCGCGGCGCACUAGAAGGAAGGCCGGCCCCGCCGGCCGGGUACGUGUGCCGCAGGUGUCGCGUCCCGGGCCACUUCAUCCAGCACUGCCCCACCAAUAGCGAUCCCAGAUAUGAUUUGCUGCCGAGGGCGUCGUCUAACGCCAAUCUGCCUACUACGUCGCCAGCGUCCCCGAGCCCCGACGACGGAGUCCCACCGGAGCUCCACUGCAAGAUUUGCAACAAAGUGAUGGCGGACGCGGUGGUGGCCUCCAGGUGCUGCUUCGGCAGUUUCUGCGACGCGUGCAUCAGGGGCCAGAUCGCCGCCAAGUCCAGGUGCGUGUGCGGCGGGCAGGCGCGCGCCGACGACCUGAUCCCCAACCUGACGCUGCGUGCAACCAUCGCCAAACUGCUCGCUACGAAGGCCGCCGGCAGCGGAUCCGCUGGCACAGACAAUCGGAAGAGCUCCGCCGGCAGCAACGCAGAGCCCACGUCGCGGAGUCCGGCCGCCUCGCAGGAGAACCUCAGCCACGUAUCGGCAACUGCCGGCUCAGAGCACAGCGACGGGAACGCAUCGUCGUCGACGUCGAAGAGCGCGGCAGCUCCGGCGGCGGCGCGUAAGCCAGCAAGAACGAAGCAGACUACGGCGGAUCCGCAAGUAAUCGCUGCGCGCACCGGCUACCCCGAGCAGUACGGCUACGGCGGCCCGGCAUGCUACGAUCCUUUCUUCGGUGCGACGCCGUGGGCAUGCGAUCCGUACACGUACCACGGGAUGCCUUACGGUGGCGGCUACAUGAAUGCCCCGGUACCGAGCGGCUACCACGAUGGAUGGGGAUGGCAGGGGAGGAAGAGGACGGCCGAUGGGUGGAGUAUCAGAGACACGCGGAGGGUGGUUUCAAGAGGAGAUGCAGAAGCAGAUUGGAGGUUGCCGUCUAACACAAGAACUUGA